ACAUGGAUCCUGCAGUUGAUGUUGGUACAUUUUUCUUGAUUCAUUAACACAUGGAUCCUGAAGGCAAGAAAUUUGGAGGAGGACCAAGGGAACUUAGCGGCGCUGUUGAUCUUUUAAGUCACUAUAAAUUAUUGCCUCACCAUGACUUCUUCUGCAAGAGACCUCUUCCUGUAUCAAUCUCAGGCACACAUUAUCUUCAUAAUGUGGUGGGAGAUACGGAAAUUAGAAAAGGAGAAGGGAUGCAGUUGGACCAGCUUAUUCAGAAUACACAUAACAGAGACAUUAAUGCCCGUAUACAGCCAUUUGACCUUGAUAUUCUUAAGGAGGCUUUCCAGCUGAGUGAAACCACUCCUGUUGAAUUGCCAGCGAUUGAAAAAGGGAUUCCUACUAUUGCUGGGAAAUCAAAGAGUGAAGAUAAAGAUAAAGAGAGGAAGCAUAAAAAGCACAAGGACCGAGAUAAGGAGAAGGAUAAAGAGCAUAAGAAGCACAAGCACCGUCAUAAAGAUAAAGAUCGAAGUAAAGAUAAAGACAAGGAAAAAAAGAAGGAUAGAAGUGGGCAUCAUGAUUCUGGUGCAGAUCACUCAAAAAAGCACCAUCCAAAGAAAAGGAAGCACGAUGGAGAUGAAGAUCUUAAUGAUGUUCACAGACACAAAAAAAGUAAGCAUAAAAGUUCAAAAAUAGAUGAAGUUGGUGUAAUUAAAGUAGCAGGCUGAAGGGCUGGCUCUAUAGUUCAUUUGUUGUCUCAGAUGGUUAGAGAUAGAGAGUGGGUGGGUUUGCUUAAUGUCCUCUACUUUGCUUGAGGGUAACUUUAUACAUGUAGCCAAGCAACUGGCUUGAUAGGGCAUAUUGUUCUCAACUCUUUGUCAGUAAAAUAUGGCAAGGGUGGUGAUUUGGCAGAUCCACUAAAUUAGCAUUUUCUGGACUGAAAAGAGUAUCUUGUAAACAAAGGAAUGUGUAGGUGAACUCAUCAUCCAUUGAUCGAUAUCUAAUGCAAGGUAUAUGCUGCUGAACAUGGUCUUUUUUGUAUCAUAAACAUUGGCCCAUAUUUGCCUGUAACAUUCAAGAAUUUGAUCCUUCUUUCUUU